AUGACCAAGUCAUCUGCAGCUCCUGCCAAUGGGGCACUACCAAAGUCGUUCAACGCUGGGACGAUCACCAGCGAUGAUUACCGCGCUGUCGGCGGCUUUGCGGCUGUCGAUAGUCCAGUCAACCUUGACGUCUCGUCGAUUGAUGUCCCCCCUGAGAAUCGUCGCAAGGUUAUCAUUGUUGGUUCCGGUGUAUGUGGUAUGCAGCAAGCCACCAGUCUAUUGCGCGAUGGCAAAAUCAAGCACAAGGAUAUGCAGAUCUUUGAUGCCUUGAGCAGCUUUGGCGGUGUUUGGGAGAAAAAUAAGUAUCCAGGUUGUGCCUUGGAUGUGCCAGGCAUCGUAUACACCACCAGCUACUACAUCUCCAAAACCUUUUCACACUUCUUCGCGCGACGGGAAGAGCUUGUGCGUUACUAUACGGAUUUUGCCAACCACUACGAGUUGGGACGCUGCACUCAGUUCGACGUGUUAGUCACAUCUUGCAUUUGGGACGAAGACCGCAUGGUCUGGCAUGUCGCCGUCCAAGGAAAGGGAGGCAAAGUCACUCAGUGGAUGGCCGACGUUGUCAUUCACUGUACUGGAGCCCUCGAUCGACCCAAGUUUGGCAACACCCCAGGACGCGAACUAUUCAAGGGUGAUUCGUGGCACACGGCCUAUUGGCCUCAAGACUACGAUCUGACUGGCAAAAGCGUGGGAAUCAUUGGAUGUGGUCCCAGUGUCGCCCAGAUCGUUCCUGAGAUCGUUGAUAAGACUAAGGAUCUCACGAUUUAUAUGCGAACACCUCCUUUCUGUAUCCCUCGCGGUGACUACAAACUUGGCAUGCUGUAUCGGUUUGCCAUGUCAUGGGUUCCUUACUUCCCCAACCUGGUACGAGGAUAUGCCAAUUGGGCAAUUGAGCGAAUCGGAAUGCAGUUGGUGACUGAAGGUCAUCCGCUCAACGACGAACAAAAUGUGGCUGCCACAAAGCAGCUGGAAAACCAGGUGAAGGACCCUAUCCUCAGGGAGAAAUUACGGCCUACUGCGAAAUACUUCUGCAAGCGUCCCCUCUGGUUGGAUACUUUCUACCCAGCCGUGUCUAAGCCUAAUUGCUAUGUUGCCAAGGAAGAUCUGGUCACCUACACUGAGACUGGUGUCAUCUCUAAGGACAAGGAGACCGGUGAAAAGAUUGAGCGCAACUUUGACGUGAUUAUUUACGGAACCGGUUUCAAUACCGCUCAACACCUCGACAAUAUUGUCGUUCGCGGGGCCGGUGGUGUCGACUUGCAAGCUAAAUGGAAAGCCCACCCGGAGGCCCUCUAUGGCAUGUCAACAAGCGAAAUGCCUAACAUGUUCAUGGUCUUCGGUCCCAACACAGUCGGCUUGUGGUGCUCACAGCAAGAUCUUUGGCAAGCCCAGGCCGAACUGAACUCCAAGUUCGUUACCGAAAUUCUCAAGCGAGAGAAGAAGGGUGUCAAACUGGCCGUGUCUCCGAAAAGAGCCGUUGAGAAGACAUACAACCUCGACCUCCAGGAGAAACAGGCGCCUUUUGCCUGGUCUAGCCCAUCUUGUGUGACCUACUUCAGGAAUGAUGAGGGAUGGAACACCUUCAAUAUGCAUUGGUCAUACCCCCAGUGGAGGAACCUGUUGAAGAAUAUCAAGUGGGAUCAGUGGGAGACUUUCGAGAAGCCAGUAGCUGCUUGCCAAAAGAGCAAGACCCUUUAA